GCCGGGUUGCUGCUGCCGCUGGAGCGCUUAUAAAGGAGAAGGAAGGGGUCUUGGAGAAAAUGGGUUAUGACAUUGAGCGGUUUGUUGGCUACGUUAAUGAAGGCCUACUGUGCUCUAUCUGCCGAGAUGUCCUCGAAGACCCUCUGCAGGCUCCCUGUGAACAUGCUUUCUGUACUUCCUGCAUACAUGGAUGGCUUGUUCAUCACAACAACUGCCCGGAGGAUCGUCAGCCACUGGACCUGCCUAUCCUGCGACCUCUGUAUAGAUACAUGAAGAAUGACCUUAAUCGACUGCAGCUUCACUGCAGAAACAGAGAUUGUGGGUGUGAAAUGGUGUGUUCGCUGGAAUCUAUUCACCGACAUGAACGUGAAUGUGAAUACAGCCGGAUUCCCUGCUCAAACAGCGGUUGCUCAGUUCAAGUUGAGCGGCGUAACUUGCACAGCCAUUUGGCAGUGUGCGAGUAUCGCAGCCGUGAAUGCCCCAACGGUUGCGGCUUUGCCAUCCUCAGUGCAGACGACGUGCAACACAACUGUGUGGCAGAGCUAAGAACAGAACUGGAACUGCUCAGAUCAGAAAUGAUCUACCGAAUGGAAGAGGCAAAACAUGAGAUGGAAUCUCGCUUGGAUUCUCAAAGGAGGCAUAUGGUGCAAAAAGAAAGCCUAUUGCAAAAUGAAAUCGAAGAGUUGAAGAGUCAGAUGUCCAGGAUGAUGUCUGACAUCCAGACUCUGAUGGCAACAGAGAGGCAACAUCGGCAAGAGCUGGAGCAGGCAGAGCUAGAGAAACGAGAAUUGCUGGAGUUGAUGAAGGGUCUCCAGAAAGACUGUCGAUUAACCAGGGAUGGAAGCAAGAAAGUAGGGAACAUCCGGACUCUGACACGCCUGGAGAGUAUGAAGCGAAAACCCCGGGAGGUGACUGUCAUAUGAAUUGAAAGAAGCUUCAAGCUCCUGCUUUUCUAUGAACAGCUAGAGAUACUGGGUUUUGAUCCUCCCUUUGCUCUCUAACUCACUCCUAAAGGGCAAAACUAAUGUUAAAAGGAACUUACCGAUGUACCUAAACAAGGUCAAGUUCACCAGUGCUGGGGUUUCUGGAGAUCCAUUCAUUUCUUUGGGAUCAUCCCCAACCCCACUUAGAUGAGGUUCUGAAUGACUGUAGUUGAAAGAUAGCAUGCUUAGAUUCUUGCUGUUUAAGAUUUAGAAUUUAAUGUCCAUUGUUUUCAUGUAGAAAACUUAUUUUCUGUUGUGUUCAUUCUAGACAUGGACACUUUGUAUUCGUAUCCAAGUGAUACAAAUACAAAGGAUGGCACCACAAGUGCCAUGGUGGUCCAUUCCUGCCUCCCAGAACCAGCCUGGUCCACUCACUGGGCUCCGUGUGGUGCACGUGUCCAUCAGCAUUGGCAUUGCAGUAGUCCCACCAGCACUUCCCUGCCUCUCCCUACAACCGACCACUCAGCAGAUGACUCACCUUCCCACCUCCUCGCUGGAGUGUUCGGCUGUGGGGAGAGGCAGGGAAGCACCGGUGGGACUACUCUCCAUGAUUGGUGCGACAACAAUGCUGAUGGACCAGGCUCGUUCUGGGGGGCGGGAGUGGACUGCCGUGACACCUGUGGGCUGAGUGUUGCACAACUGGAUGCAAAUAGGAAGUGCCCAUUUCUAGUUCACUCUUGUCCAAAGGUCUCUCUCUUUCCCUUCUAUACAAACAGGCUCCUUCUCACUGAAGACACACAGUGCAGAUUCGUUUGUGAGCCCUGUGAUUUUGUACAAGAACUGGCUGAAUAACACAGUUCAAUGUUUUAGCAAAAAAAAAAAAAAAAUAAUCUUCCAGUGGCGAGCACAAUAAGGCCACACAUGAACGAUUUUCAGUUCCAGGUUAAUGAAUAAGCUACCUCAACUACUUUAUCUCAUGCAAUUUGCAAACUUCAAAGGUGAUUUGUUUGGUCCAUUUCUCAACAUUUACUUGUAAAACAGGGCAGCUGUAUACUUUCAGCGGGUUGGGUUCAAAGAAAAUGUAAGGUCUAUACAGAUACCUUAUAUCAGAAGAGAAUAUAAUUUGCGGUGUCUCUGUUACGGUAAAGAUUUGGUAGACAACCAUGUGAGUCAGAAACCUGUUUGUGGGACACUGCUAUAGUUAGUGGUUGGGAUCUAGUUGUGUUUCUUCUUGCAAAUCAAGUUUUGAUACCUUGUGGGCACCUAACAUUUUUCCUCUGUUUGCAAAAAUAGGGGUUGAGCAAUACAUUUUCUUAUUAGAAAAGCAGUCAGUGUAAAAUGGCUACUUUCAUUCAUUUAGACCAGGGGUCUCAAACUUAAUUUCCCUGGGGGCCGCUGGAGGCAGAGUCUGAGUGAGGGUGGGCCACAUCA